UCUCAGUGGGGAUUCGAACCCACACUGAGUAAGCAUCCGAACACCUUGGAUUAAAAAAAAUAGACACUUUAAUACACUUAAAUCCUAUUGGCUUAUCUUCUGUUACAGCUAUUCGCAACCGGCCCCCGCGCGAGCAUCGAGAAUUGUUUAGCUAAACGGCCCUAAACCGUUUCCCAUUCAUUCUCUAUGGUAGUGCUAAACCACUAUGGAUGCAAUAUACUUUUGGCCACUACGACUUAGUGGCGCUGUCCCGAGUUUUCUUUUUUUAGAAAUCGCUCAGACUCUAAAGCUGGCUGUCAUUCCAAGCGGACUUCGGUGGAUACAAGACGCUAUCUACUCUCUUCGAAUUCUCAUCAGGCAGUAUUAAAUAAUCAAAGGCAAAGAUGGACAGGAAACUGUUGUUCUUCCCGGGGAAAGUCUGUGUUGUGUUCCGCAAGGGACCACUCGGAUUUCUCCUCCAGGAGCCGUCAAAGGAAGCCAGACGAAUUAAGGAGGACGCCACUCUGCAGGACAAGUCUGCGCCCAUACGGGCUGACCUUGUUCAUCAGAAUGCUCUGGCUGUGGUCCGUCAGAGAGGAGGGGACGCCUCCGACCGUACAGAGGUGCUGGGAGACUACAUCCUGCAGUUUGGGAAGUAUAAAGGGAAAUCUUUCAGGUGGCUUUUGCAGAACGACAUAGGGUACACAAUGUAUCUUAUUAGGAACUUGCAAAAGGAGGAAGCAUCAGGUGUCAGUGUGACUGCAGGACAUAGCAAGGACAGCCUGCAAUCCUUUGUCCAUUAUUCCCUCAGUUUAGCUGAGAUCCAGUCUCUCCAAACCUAUGAGGCAAGUGGAGGGGGUGAUAUGGCAGCCUCAUUGGAAGAUGACCAGCUAGUUGGCUUUGGCACUCGUGCUAAGAGCACCUGGAAGGAGAUUUGGGACAGCAGAGCUGAUGGCUAUGCAACCUUCGUUUUGGGGAAGAGCUGUUGCCCAGGAACACGCAUGUUCAAGCUGCAGCUGUACCUACAGAAGAGGCAGCAAUCCGCCUCAGCUUCCCCACCCGUCGAACGUCCCUCAAGAGUCCCCAAACCUCUGGUGAUGGACGAGGAUGAAGAGCUUGAGAGUGCAAUGAUAAACGCUGUGUCAGCAGCACCCAUACCAGCAGCUGCCAUACCAGGAGUGUCCCCAAGAGCAAAGAAAGUUCCAUCUGCAAUGCUGUCCAAACCUUGGCCGAACACUACUCCUGAACUGCAGGCAUCACAGGUUGAAGCCUCAUCAGGUGUGAAAAGGAAGACACCUGUGCCCCUUCCACCAGAGCUGGCAUUCCUAGUGAAGGAGACUGCUGGUGCCACAAAACCGUUGAGUUCUGAGUCAACUCCAGAACCCAGACCAAGUGCUGCUUGCACCGCUUCACAAAAUGAAGUCAGACUUGAGGACAGUGCUGAAGAUGUUCCCUCAGCUCACCCCCCUGUUCCUGCUCCUGUUCCUGUUCCUGUGUCUGUGCCUGUGCCUGUGCAUGACCAUGACCAUGACCAUGACAUGAGCAGCUGGAGCUGUUCUCAUCACCAGAAGCUCUGGAUGAGGACAGAGCUUCAGGAUCUCGGGCUGUGGCCUGGGUCUUGUCCAGUGCGUAAUCCGGGGAACACAAUUUCAUUGUGGCGUCUUCCUCCACAACCUGAGCUCAUAGAUUCCGUGGCUGAGCUCCCAUCCCCCAACUUCUUUCAGCUCCACCCAUUUUUUAUUUGGAAACCUGAGAGUGCAAUCAUGGUCAGAUUGAGGAACAAUUACAUCCUGCCCUGUCUCCAUGGCUGUCCUCAUCCACAGGUGGUCUCUGCAGGGGUGGGCAGGCCUCGGGUGAUUGUUGGCACCAGCGGCCAAUAUUACAUCCUCUCCUCACGACUCUGCUGCAAGGACUGUCGAAAGACCUGGUUUGCCGACAGUCCGCGAUGGCUUGAGAAACUCCCCAAGCGCUUCACCAACCUUUUGCCUGCAUUCCUGACUUACAAGAAGGCCAUCUGUAAGUCUGUUAUGGAUGAGCUGAGGCGCUCUGGCAAGUCACCAACAGAUAUGGCCAACCAGGUGAAUGAGCUCAUGCACCUCAAGUAUGAGCGAGCUCACCUGGCAUACCUUCAAGCCAUAGAGAGUGUCAGAGAUGCUGAGGCUGGAGUGUAUGGCCAGAGGAGCAUCGGGCAGUUUCUGAGAAAAGAAAACCAGCCACGCGCUUUUGGGUCAUAUGACAAGCAAGAUGGCUGGGGUGGAGUCUCUGUGUCCGGUUUCUACCUGACUGACUGCCUGCUGGAGGAGUUCAAACGUCAAGAGCCAGCUAUGUCCAGGCUCCUCCAGGGAACAUUUGGGCAUGUUUUCCGGUCCGACCACACCAGAAAAGUGGCAAGGAAGGUGACCUUAGCCUCUGGGGUCAUGUCCAGUUAUGCUGUGAUGAAUGAGCACUGGCUCAUCGCAUCCUGGGUGAUGGUUCAGUCUGAGACUGAGAGGUCCUUGGAGCCAAUGUACCAGGGGAUGGCCAAGAGGUACAGCAAUGCUGGAGUGGAAAAGGCAGGCUACCACUGGAUGGACAGGGAUUGCUGUGCUGCCUUUAAAAUCCCAGACAGCAUCCUUGGAGAACAUCUGAACUGGGAUGCCUGGAAGACUACCCCGUCCAUUGUUGCUGGAGCGACCUCUGGAAGACAGUUGAACACCUGUGCCUCAAGAUCGCAUUAUAAUGAGAACAUUGUUGUGAAACUGGACUUGUUUCACUGUCUGAGGCGCUUUUCACGGGAGUGCACCUCUGAGCAUCACCCUCUGUACAGCACUUUCUGUAAGCUCCUCUCUGCUGCCUUCUCUGUUGUGGAUCAGGAAGACCUGAAGAGGCUCCAGGAUGCUUAUAGGUUCUGUGGUAUCAUCCAGCCAAUCCCACCAAACAGCACAUACGGGAGCACUGCAGGAUUAAAAUACCCCAUCCAACAGAGCUGCUGGACAGAGUGGAGAGAGUCCUGA